UAUCUUAGUUUCAUACAAAUUAUGCAAUGCAAAGAAGGCAAGCCACCACAUUCUCUUAGUGAAUAUUUUUAUAUUAUUCCUAACGAAUGGGCAAAUAAAAGUAACCGAAAAUGUAUUUGUCGAGCUUGUAUGGAUGCGGUAGGAAAAGAAUUUGCUCUAAAAGAUGAUAAUUUGAAAAUUACAAAUACCAAACGUUAUUGUGCCAACCAUCUUAGAGACUGCCCUUAUUUUGCCACCAAGUAUUUACCUGAACAAAUACAACUCAUUCUCAAUUCUGCUACACUUUCACCACCAAACAAACAGGUAAUGAUAUCUUAUACAGAUGAAGAAGAUGAAGAUGAAAAUGAUUCAACUUCUGGAAUAACAUCUAAUUCAUUAGCUUCUAGUAAUACUUUAAAAAAACAAACCACAUUAUCCAAAUAUGUUGGUCGUUCACUUACUGCUUCAGAAAUUCCUAAAUUUGAAUGUCUUACUCUUGUUACCAAAGAUGAUGUAGCCUCAGACAAUGAUUUAAAGCUUCUAACUGAAAUUAAAAUUGCUAUUAACCGUGAUCCUUUUUGGGAUUCUCUUACAAUAUUACAUAAAUUACUUUGUCCUUUUUGUGAAGCUCUUGAUCUUACGCAACGUGACAAUACUUGCCUUCAUAAUGUUUUACAUACCUUCGGUUUUUUUAUACAAAUAUUUAAAGAACUUGAAGAAUCUCAAUUUCAAACAAGAAUGGUUAAAAGACUUGAAAAAAGUCAAUCGGAUUACUCUUCCUCUGCUGCUCCAGUUUCUGCUAGUUCUUCGCUAUCUAAUCAAGAUCUAGAAUUUGAAGAGACUAAUACAGAUGAUAUAAAUGAAGAAAUUACUUCAGAAAUUGAUUGGAAUGUCGCUAUUAAUAAGUGGGAAGAAUUAUUAAUUGAUGAAGAGUUUGAAGAAGAACAAGAUGAUCUUGAUAUUGCCAAUAUUAAUUUUCUUGAUUCAGAAACGCAUCUUGCUGAAAAUCAAGCUGCAAAAUAG